UUCUAUAAAAGAAGCGCUCAUCCGAAUGCAUGUCGAAUAAAACUGAGGAAGCCACCAUCAAAAAUGCACAUGAUUUUGAAGAUUUUAUUCCUUAGUUCGUUGUGUGCCAUCUGUAGCUUUGCUAGUUUUCUUCAGGACUCUUAUGGACUUGCCAAGCGGAAUUCCAACUUCACCGCAAUUAUGUAUUCGAACUUCUUCUACUUAUCUGGGGUUGCCGGAAAUCCCGCUAAGAACUCCACCGAUGUCGAACAGCUGCCUACCUAUGAUUUUCCAGAUGACGAUGAACCCGAAUCAGAUCCCGAAUCAGAACCAGAACCUGAACACGAAAACAAACCAAAUCUUUUAUUGAAAACUUUUGGAUAUUUUUUGAAACAAUUAAACGACACGGAGGACAGUUCCACUUCCGAGCCUCUCUUUAAACCCCUUCGGCCUGUUGUGGACUCUUACCAAGGAUCCAUGCAGGACUCCCUUAAAAGCACCACCGAUAUGGACACCAUGGCUACUCCCUUCCCGUCUCCUGCAAAAGGGUCUCGAAAAAAGACAACUAAUGCUGAAAAACCCAACACCACCCCGCCAAGACAGUCUCUAAAAUCAAUACUUUUCAGUGGAUCUAAGGAUGACUAUGAUGAAAAAACACCCACUGAUACUACAACCUAUCCAAAAUCUGAAGACAAGCUUCGCAAUUUUGUUUUUUUAACGGCCUACGACGAUGACCAAAAUACAAACCCGACCGACAAAGGAAAUAGUUCUUCCAACAUUCUGACUUCUGUCAUAAAAAGCGGUGUUCCGGAUAUGUAACGACAUAGUUUAUGAAAUAAUAUAUGUUUUAUUAUAAAUUUUACGCAAUAUCAUAUAAAUAAAUAUAUCAUACAGUGUA